CGCCAAUGUCGCUCCAGCCGCGCAAGCUGCAACGGAAGUCUGGCUGGCUCGACCAAGGCUGAGAGACUUCGGAGUCCGAGAGGCCCUCUCCCGACACUCGUACUCGACAAUGCCUUCCAGAAUCGAUCUAGACGCAUACAAUGCGCACAUUGAGCAGAUGCGGAUGGCCGAGUAUCCCAUGCUCAAAGACGCCCUCUACCUGGACCAUGCUGGCGCAACGUUGUACAGUCGAUCUCUCAUGGACCGGUUUCAUGCUGACAUGAUGGCGAACUUGUACGGCAACCCACACUCGGCAUCACCUUCUAGUCAGAGAUCUACCCUCGAAAUUGAGGCUGUCAGACACGAGGCCCUGCGCUUGUUCGAUGCCGACCCAGACGUCUUUAAUCUCGUCUUUACCGCCAAUACGACAGCUGCGAUCAAAUUGAUUGCGGACGCCUUUCAUGCCCAGGACGCGGGAUUCUGGUUCGGAUACCAUGUCGACUCCCAUACCAGUGUUGUUGGCGUUCGGGAGUCUGCUAAGCUACAUCAUUGCUUCGAGUCGGACAAUGAAGUGGAAACGUGGCUGGGAGCUGAUGGGUCACGAGGAUGUGGCUUGAGAUUAUUUGCAUAUCCCGCGCAGUCUAAUAUGAAUGGGCGGAAACUCCCUACGAGCUGGACGGGCGGCUGUAAGUCUCGCGAGACUUAUACCCUGUUGGAUGCGGCAGCGUGUGCUGCGACAUCGCCACUUCGUUUGAGCGAUGUGGACGCCGCUCCAGACUUUACCGUACUCAGUUUUGCGAAAAUGUUUGGAUUCCCAGAUCUCGGUGCGCUGAUCGUCAAAAAGAACUGCGCCCAUCUUUUUCAGGGACGAAGGUACUUUGGCGGAGGCACAGUAGACAUGGUGGUCUGCGUGAAGGAGCAAUGGCAUGUUGCAAAGUCGGCAAAUUUGCAUGAACAGCUCGAGGACGGCACAUUACCCGUGCACAGCAUCCUCGCACUGAAGUCCGCAAUGCAGACCCAUUGCGAGUUGUAUCAAUCUCUAGAUCAUGUCGUGAAGCACACGUCGGCACUUUCCAAACAGCUAUAUGAAGGAUUAUGCGCUUUGCGCCAUGCCAAUGGACGCUCCGUGUGCAAGAUCUACAAGGACAAGAGAGCUACCUAUGGCGAUACUCGUACCCAGGGCCCUACAAUCGCAUUCAAUCUGCAAGAUAGCUCCGGACACUGGGUCAGCAAUGCCGAAGUCGAGAAGCUAGCAUCCGUCAAGAACAUCCACCUCCGAACCGGAGGCCUGUGCAAUCCCGGUGGUAUUGCGAAGAGUCUCGGACUAGCAGCAUGGGAGAUGCGCGAGAACUUUUCCCUGGGCUUUCGUUGUGGAGGGGACAACGACAUUAUGAACGGCAAACCGACUGGCGUGAUCCGAGUGAGUCUAGGUGCCAUGAGCACGAAAAACGACGUGAUGCGAUUCGUGGAUUUCGUAGACGAGUUCUUCAUCGACAAAACGAGCACUCCUCUUCCGCCCCCAUCCUGGACAUUACGCGGCAGCUCGCAAACCAGCUUCUAUGUCGAGAGCCUUGCCGUCUAUCCCAUCAAGUCCUGUGGAGCUUGGCAGGUUCCAAUGGGUACAUCGUGGGACAUUCGUCGCGAAGGGUUAGUAUGGGACCGAGAAUGGUGCAUUGUCAAGCAGAGCACGGGAGUUGCGUUGAGUCAAAAGGCACAUCCUCGUAUGGCUUUGAUACAGCCUCAGUUGGAUUUCCAGCGUGGUGUAUUGAGAAUCUGCCGGCAAGACAGUCCGGAGCAGAUUACGGUACCGCUGUCGAAAGAUCCAAGCUUUUUUUCGACCGAUAUGAAAUUGGGCGGUACGACGGUCUGCGGCGACAAGAUCUCUGCACGUAUCUACACUGCACCGUCCACUGCAGACUUUUUCACCAAAGCCGUGGGAGUUCCUUGUACAUUGGCUCGCUUCCCGGCAGCGACGCUGGCGAACUCUUCCACACGACACAGCAAAGCUCACUUGCACGACGGAACGACUGUGGGAGACCGACCACCGCCCAUCUUACUGAGUAACGAGUCGCCGAUACUGACCAUUUCGCGCUCAUCACUCAAUCGUCUCAACGAAGUCAUCAAAGCCAAAGGCGGCAAAGCAGCACAUCCCGCCGUCUUUCGAGCCAACAUUGUGCUCGCGGAGUCGCCAUUGCUGGCACCGGGACAGGAGCAACCGUAUGCAGAGGACUACUGGGGAGGUAUGAGCAUCGGAGGGUCUGCUACAGCACCAGCAGGCGGCGUGUGCUUUGAUUUUUUGGGUGGCUGUCGUCGCUGUCAAAUGGUGUGCAUUGAUCAAGUCAGUGGUGAAAAGAAUCAGGAGCCCUUCAUUACGCUGGCCAAGACUCGAAGGUUUGGUGGAAGGGUGCUCUUUGGCGUGCACACGGCUCUGCGGCAACACACUCAUACCUCACGAAUGACGAUUCGCGUGGGCGAUACGGCAACGAUGUGGCACCGGCAGUAGUCAGAAAUCAAAUACACACUUCAGAUAUGCGCCAUCACUCGAGCUCCCUCCCUGAUGAACUGCUGGAGCUUCUCCGACAUGGAGUGCAGUAGUGCUUGCAGCUGCAAUCUUUCCUGCUCCAACUCGACAGGAUCAUCUGUUGCCAGCGGAGCAAAUGCGCUCGACCAGUUCAGGCGACUAUUGACCAGCCAGGCCACUGUCUUUGGUUCCACACUCCAUCGGAGCGUCGCUCGAAAAUCGGACAGUGUGACAAUGGGGAUAUCGCUUGGCAGAGUUGGGUGGAAAAUGGGUCGACAUAGCUCGUUUCUGGUCGCCUCAUCCGCGUAGGCAGCCUCGACAUGGCCGAUGAAUGCGGCCGAGAAGACUUGUUGGCAGAAGCGAACCGGCUGGAGCGUGAUUUUUUCAGGAGUGAAAAUGGGUACCGCUGGUCGCUUCUCGAGUCCGUUGGCGGAGCAGUCAAUAUAUACUGUGUCGGGCACCGUGGGCUGGACACCAUGCUGGAAGACGAUUUCCUGGGCGUCGAUGGAGAUGACCCGACCUAAACGAACGACAUUUUUGAUCUUCCGAAUCUCGUCCAGUUCUGCCAGAGUGACCGUCGCGCAUCGAAAGGACGUGGGCCAGACCUUCUGGUCCAAUCGCAGCAUCAUCCCGGCUGCCUCCAACCGCAGCAAGUAGUCUUCGAGCGAGGUGGCGCUCAGCGUACACUCGACCUGCCUUUUCAUCGCUUCCUUUGCUCGAUCAUCAUAGAGAUCCUGCCAGUGCGCUCGAUCGUACAGCCAAGCAUCACGAGGCAUGACCCAAGUAAUCUGCUGCGGCCGAAUUCCCAUACUCAGCAGCCAAAGACAAGUAUCGAUGCCCGUCUUGCCCGACCCCACGACAGUAUAAUGAGAAUACGGCCGAGACAGCGUCACCAGCUCAUUCGGCGUCAUCACUUUCACGUCUGCAGCGACUUGAAACGGAGGCGGCCGCAUCGACGGCACCGUCACUUUCAUAUACGUCGCAUCCACAAUCCUCGUCUGCCUCCCCACCUCAAACCUCUCCCCCGUCAAAUUCGAUCGAAAUUCUCUUUUUCCUUCUAUCCACUCACACUUGGGAAAAUACUGCACUCGACCCGAAGGCAACAAAACUUCUUGCACCACUUGAUGAAAGUACGCGCACACUUCAUCGGAAGAAGCGAGUUCGUAUAAACCUUUGUUGAAACCGACUUGGUCGAUUUUGUUUUGUCCGAGAAUUUUCGAGUUGACGCCGUAGAAUGCCGAGGGUUGAUGGAGGUGUACGAAGGGGUACGAGGUUGUCCAGUGGCCUCCUGGGCGGGCGUAUCUGGGGAAACAGGAAUUAUUACAAUUACAAUCAUGUCCUCGGAACAAGCAACACGAAGGCAUAAGACGAAAGAAAGGAGAAGAAGAAACUACUUACUUAUCAACCAAAGCAAACGUCGCAAUGGGAUUCGCUGUCAAAACUGCAUCGAGAAAUGCUAGUCCCAUGGCUCCUGCCCCGAUGACGAGGUAAUCUACGUCAAUGGGAGUGGGAGGAGAUGUCGAUGCCAUCUUGUAUGAUGGAUGGAUGGAUGUAGGUAUCCCAGGCGGUUUCUAAUCAUCUCGCAUUGGAUGAUAGACUGCUGCACGGAAACACACACACAGAGAAAGAGAAAGCGAGGAAAAAUCUCACCGAGAUCCCACAUCUCUUCCCGUCACGGGUCCGGAUUGACGAG